UUUUUGGGUCUGCGGUUUUGCUUCCCCUGGAAAUCGCUUUAAUUGAUUUAUUCUGUUCAAUAACUUAUUCUCUACUUUUAUCUAUAUUCUCUACUUUGAGUAUUUUAUUUCAUAGCCUCACAUUAUACAGAUAUCAUCUACUCUCCAAGUACAUAUCAUCAACCUCCCCUCGUGCACUUCUCCCUCGCAAUGGCUGAUAUAUACGGUACCCUCCACAUCCUCCAUCUUCUCCAAAGCACACCCCCCCCACUAACAUCCUCUUCAGACCAGGUCGUCCGCGAACGGAUAGCAAUCACAGAUGCGGCAGUCAAGCGGAUACUCACGCAGAUCCAAGCACUGCCGACCCUGCGGUUCGCAUCGCAGGACGAAAUUGAUCAAGCAAAGCAGAGAUUGGAAUCCGCGCUCUUGAAUUACGAAACGCAUUUGUAUAAAGCGCAGAGACAGAUUGAGAUUAGUGAAUCAGAAUCAGCGCACUACGCCUCCCAAUGCGAGGAAAUAAAAAUCACAUACACCCACUCCAUCGAAACCACCACCCUUCUCGACGCCGACCUCACCCGCGCCCGCGCCCGCCGCGCCGAACUAGAACAAUACGACCGCCUCGCCCGCAAAAUGCACUCAACAGACCACCUCCUCCCGCGCUCGGAACUGCUUCUCACACUCGACCGGCUGACGACGGAGAUCAGCGAGCUCGAGGCGAUCAAGACGAAGUAUGCCGAGACAUGGACGGCGCGCCGCGCGCAGUUUGAUGAGAUUAUGAACGCGCUUACGGGGAUGAGGAGGCAGAUCCAGGAUGAGAAGGAGGAGCAGGAUCGCAGAGAGGGGAUGGCGGAUGAGGAGGGAGAGGAGGAGGGGGCUAUUGCUGAGGUUGAGAGUACGCCCGUAGCUGCUCCUACUGAGAGUACGCCAGUAGCUACUCCUGUGCCGCCAACCGCUGAAUCUGUAGAGGCGGAGGGAAAGAAUGAGCCAGCAGCUGAAGCUACUGCAGAGACUGACCAGGAAAAGAUGGACAUCUCUUGAUCUUGCAUUUAAUUGCCCUUGUAUAGUACUCUAAAUGACUGUGUAACAAUAUAGCAAUACUUUUGAUUUAUUUAUUUGGUUAUUAUGUAACUUAUCCCGUUGUUAUAU